GCCAAACCCAGACUCAUCUAGCCAAUGGCCACGUAACAAACGGGAAUUUGACACUCUGUGGAACCUGCAGUCUGUGUUUGCGCAGCAAAGAACACUUUCUUGUUAAGCGUCAAACUUGAAGUGGAAACAUGCCGCGACUCUCUAUACUCACGCUCAGCGUGUUACCAUGGAUCCCAGCUGUUCUCUGCUGGGUGACCGUUCAGGACAAGCUUAGUGUCCUGGAGGGUGGAUCCAUCACUGUCCCGUGUCAAUAUGGCCCUCAGUAUAAACACCAUGUCAAAUACUGGUGUCAUGGGCGGACGAGAACUUUCUGCAACAUGUUGGCUCGAACGGACAAGACCUCCUCGACCAAUCCAAGUAAAGACAAAGUGAGAAUUUUUGACGACCCGGACCAGAAGAUGUUCACAGUGACCAUGAACAACCUGAAAGAGACGGAGUCUGGGUGGUACUCGUGUGGUGUGGAAUUAGGUGACUGGACCCAGCCUGAUUCCUUUGCUUCCAUUGACCUGAAAGUGAUUCACGGUCUGUUAGCUGUGAACAGCAUGGUGAGUGGGGAAGAAGGAAGUAGUGUCACGGUUCAAUGCCAUUACAGUGAGAGAUUCAGAGAAAGAGAGAAGAAGUGGUGUCGGAGCGGAGACCGGAGCUCCUGUCUGUCGACGGGUUUUGAAGGGAGUUACGAAGAUACUUCAGUGGCCAUCAGCGAUGACAGAACUGGGACUUUCUCUGUAACCUUAAAGAAGCUGCAGAUGAGAGAUGCUGGUCGGUAUUCAUGUUCUGCAGGGAACCAGGAAGUAGCCGUAAAGGUUCAGGUCACACCACGCACCUCUACUACAACAGAGUCUGUGACAUCCCCACCUACUCCGAGUCAGCCCUGGUACCGUUACCGUUACAUGUUGGAGUCUAUAGUGGGGUGUUCGUCUCUCCUGCUCCUUGUGGGCUUGGCUGUAUUGGCAAGAAAGUUACCGCGCAAGAAGGCUUCUUCACGCUUUAAGGAGACGGAAGAGAAAUCCCCUGAUAAUCCAGAGGCCACGAGAGACCUGCAGCGAAGCAAGGGACACAUUAUUAAGUUUGACAACAAGGGUACAAUUAACGUACUUGCUUAUUAAAACCAUUUUGUGAACUGUUAAUUAUUACUCUUUGUAACUGAAUGUAAUUUUUCUAUUACUUUCCCACACAGAACACAUGGUCUUUGUUCCAGUAUAUUUUUUAACAUACCAAACCACGUCUAAACAAAGCGAUAUGUUCUACUUCCUGCAAUAUAAAUUUGGCACAUUAUAGACUUGUC